CAAAUCUUUGUUUUUUUCAUCAUCUUUGAGUUGCACAAGAAAUGCCAUAAUAUACUUUUGCAGUUUAGGCGCAAUUUAGAUUUUGGCCACUAGAUGGCAGUGGUGUAUGUGCAACGUUUCAGACUGAUCCAGUGAAGCAUUGCAAUACUGCACAAAUGUACAUUUUCAAGUACAUAACUAUAGAGAACAUGCUAAAUGAUAUGGGAAUACAAAACUGUAAGUUUACACACUCCCAGGGAGGUCAUAAAUGAUGGAAAAUGAGCUUCCCUACAGAAAAGACACUAACCUUCACACAUCUAGACGGUGUGUGUGGGGCCAGAAACAGCAAGGGUUCAAACUUUAGAACCCAGUUUUUACAUUUGAAUAUAAAAAUAGAUUUUAUCAAACAAAAAUGUGCAAACUUUUAUCUCUGCGACCCUCAAGAUGACAAAUCAGGGCAAGAUUACUGAAUGUAAGUACAUAUUUUACCUUCAGAGGUGAAUGUAUCAAACCAAGUGCUGUGAUAAAAGUUUUUGUUGUUGUUGUGCACUCUCCUCAAACAAUAGCAUGGUAUUUUGUCACUGUAAUAGCAACUGUAAAUUGGGCAGUGCAGUUAGAUUAGCAAGAAUUUAAGCUUUCUGCACAUAUAAGACAUGUCUAUGUCCUGGAAAGUUGGAUGUUACUUGCAAUGUCAUUUUUGUCAUAUUAGCGCAUGUUAGCAACAACCGUCCUGGUAUAUGGACAACGAUCCCGUAGAGGUUAAACAGCAUGAUCAUUACACAAGUGGAACCUUGCACCGGGGACAAUAAAAGGACAAGUUUUGUCACACAACACAAUGCCACAGAUGUCACUCCUACUAAAAAAUGCUCACUAUGUGUGCGUGUCUGUGUGUGCUUGCGUGCGUGUGUGGGGGCGAAUCCAUGCAUGUGGCAAGGUUGUGUCUUAUGGAGCUGAUCAUUUUAGUGACUGUCCCCCUGUUACUCACUUAAAGGGAGAAUCUCCACGCUGUGCUCUCCUGAAAGGGUUCAGAGCCUAUGGGAAUUCCAGUUAUUUUGAAAGAACUCACUUCAUUUAUUUAUCUUAAAAGGCCAAUACUAAAUGGAAACAUGUUCCCUCUUUGUACCACUGAGUUUGUCAUAAUGAGUACUAUUUCACAGACUCCUGAAUGGACUGUUUUGUUUUGUACAGUAUUAUGUACUAAACUAAUUUAAAGGUUUUAACCAGUACAGACAAUUGUUUUAAAUCUUUAAAUUACUAAUCAGAAAUUGAGAGAUUGAGUUUUAUUGUCUUUCUCAUAAUUACUAAGCAUGGUCUCUGAGGACAACUAUCACAACGUAAAAGCUGGUAAGCCUGUAGCUCUUUUAGCUCAAGUGAAAUAGAGAUGUCUAAGUGAUGUUAUGACAAAGUGUGGUGAUGAUAAUUUCCUUUGCUAUUUCAGUGCAGCACACCUCAGAGAAGUGCAUGAAGAAAAAUGAAAAGUAAGACCAGCGCCAUCCACCUCUCCUCUACAGUGGCGGGGGGCCAGAGGAAGCUUGAUGGAAGCAGCUUGACAGUUUACAAUGAGGGCUAGAAGGUGAAGGUGGUGUAUGAGGUCAACCCUGGUGAUGUCUGCACCAUGGAGAAUGGUGCCCACUCCCAGAGACAAGGUCUGUGCAAGGUCACCAGCAGAGAUGGUGGAGGAAACGUGCCCUCUCCAUCGGGUGUAGUCACCAACGGCAGGAGACAGAAAGACCUACAGGACCAGAAAGCUGGAAAUAACAGUAACUCCAUGUUGAUGUGUCAUGCCUCCAUUAGCCAGCCCUGCUCUGGGCCUGAGGACAACUCAACAGAGGCACACAAGACUUUAACAGUGACUUCAACUACGAUCUUUGUGGAUGCACACACCAUCGAUGAGUCGUCGGAGACGCACAGCCUUUUGGGUGUAAUGGAGGUGCACAUUAAGGAGUUUGUCCUCAUUGAUGAUGAUGAUGACAGUGGCAUGUCCCUAAGAGAGAAGACUGUCACUGACAUGUCCAUCAUGGAUGUUAACGCUGCAGACCUGGUCUGUGGCAAACUACCGUCCAUCACUACUGACACGUCCUCUGAGUGUAAAGAGGAGAGUCUGGCCCCGGAACCUCCACCCCCUGCACUGACACUAAAAAGCAGUCCUGCUGCUUCUUUUCCAUUCAAUGAUCAUUCUAUCUGUUCCUUUUUAUGA